CAGAGUUUUAACAACACUUGAUAUAAUAUAGUCACAUUAGAAAUAGUUAGAAUCAUGCUGCAUAAGCUAGAAGACAGCAAAGUGUGGAAUGAAUUAGACCAUUCGCUUACAAGCCAUUUGCUUGCAAAAAUCAACAAUAUCAUGGAAUGUCCUAUAUGUUCUGAAGUCAUGAUAAUACCGGUAACGGCCGAAUGUGGUCACUCGUUUUGUUAUGGAUGUAUACACCAAUGGUUUGAAACCAAAUUGAAUUGUCCUACCUGUCGAACAGACAUUGAACAUAAACCAGUGUUGAAUAUUCACCUUAAGGAGAUAUCGAAAGGUGUGGUUGAUUUAUUAAUAGAGACCACAACUGAUGAAAAGGAAAAAUCACAUUUGGUUAAGCUUCGUGACGAACUGACCAAGAAUUAUGAAACUGAUAAAACAGGCAAACAACUAUUUGGAAACUUGUUUAAAGGUACGACAAUGUUGAUAGAUAACAGUGACGGAGUACCGAGAUGUGGGAACUGUCAUUGGGAAGCUCAUGGAAAUGUAUGCAUGCAUUGUGGUACUCGAUUUAGAAACGCCCGUAAUUUAGUGGAUGGAGAUUUGGAUGGGGAUGACGAGGAUGAAGAUAGAUUCGAGGAUGUUAAUAGUGAUAAUGACUAUGAUCUUGAUGAUAGUUUUAUUGAUGGAAGGAAUAUAGGUGAAAUUUUUCGAGAUGUGAUCGAAGAUUACGAUAGUGAAUUAGAUUUGGAUUACGAAUCAGGAGAACCUUACCAACUUGAUGCUAAUGAUAACUGGCAUGGAUUUGAAAGUGCCAGUGAAACUGGAAGUUUUGAAUUAAGUGGAGUUGACGAAGAUGAUUUGGAUUCGUCGGUGAUUGAUGCCUUGGAUGAAUUCCACCAUGGAGAUAGUGAUAGCAAUAUAGAAGGAAGUCUUGGAGAUGGCAGUGAUAGCCACAGAGGAUUCUACAGCGAUAGAGAAGACGACCACAAUGGAAAUAGUGGAUACGGUGGUGAUGAUGAUGAUGAUGGUAAUAAUAAUUUUGACGAUGAUGUUGAACACCAUUUUGAUGGUGGUAAUCAUGGAUUCGAUGAUGAUGAUGCAAAUGAAGGAUACGAUGAAAACGAGAGCUAUGGUGAGGAUAGCUACGGAGGGGAUAGUGGAUACGAAGAUAACUGGUAAAGUAGUUAUGUAUAACUGUAGUUGGUUGGUUGGUUGGUUGCUAAAUACCAAUCACGUGAGCAAAAUCACGCGAUGUGUUUUUUUCUGCUUCCAACCAAUUAAAUUAAUACUGAAUUUCAAUCGUAACACAACAGGAAAGAAAAAAAACUAGAGCUAAAAUAUAAUUGCAUCAAACAGUUUAGU